GGACGAUUAUAUAUAUAUAGGAUGGAUGCUGUUUCUUCUACUGGACUACGACUAACAGAAUUGGUGUUUUCGGUUUUAUCCAUCAUAAAUCAUAAUCAGAUAAUCUAACGAUCGAGUUCCAACGAAUCUAGCUCUCUUACCAUCUAACCAUGAAGGCAGCUAAUCACCUUACUUAUUUGCUACUUAGUUUGUUGUUGAUCCCUGAUGUUUUUAUGCGGAGAUUAUUUGAAGGCAAAGCCGGCGUCGUCGUGGUCGUCAAGGCAGCAAGAGUAGUACGGCUUGAUCAAGACUUGUCCGAUGAUGAGACUAGUCGUGUUGAUGGACCGUCUUUAGAUGAGAUUGAUCAACAACAUUUGAUGUCUUCCAAAGUAGGGAAGGUUGUCCCAAAGAGGAGAGUUAGGCGUUGUCCUCCGCCACCGAGGGCUAAUGCCUACACUCAUUUCACUCCAUCACCAGAUUCACCACCUGCAUCUGGACACUCAUCUUCUCCACCUCAGCCUCCACCGCCAGCGAGUAAUCCGCCUCCACCACCACCACCACCACCAUCAGGAGUGACUCCGCCAUAUUACCACCAUCCUAUAUCCGUGAUUAAAUUUUUCCGUUAAGUCACCGUACACGCAACAAAUGGUUCAACUGUUGAAUAGUCAAAACAAAAUUUUGUAACCAUGGUUGGUUAAUGGUUAUGAUACGAUUGUCAAUGUUACUCCAUCUCUCUUAUAAUUAAUAAAUAAAGGCGAAAGUCUAAGGUGAUGUACAUUAUUAGGCUCUGGCCGUGCAACUUGGAUCACGUGAGAUAUAACUUCGCCGGGGUUAUAUGUGAAAAUGCCAUCCUUUCGGCAAGCAAGC